UGACUUAACUUUCGAUAUUUCACUUGCAUUCUAUUAAUAUCAUUAUGUCGAUAACACUUGUAAUGCCGUAAACAGUAUGCCUAUGUUUCUGUAUAUUAAUUUUGCGUCUUGAACUUUCUGACAUUAACGAAUUAAUUAUAGAAUAUGGGCAACGGAUUGGAACAUUGGAUCGUACACCCGAUCUUAUCCGAUCCGAAUUUCGAGCAGGAUAACGGAACACGAUAUCUAAACGUUCUAUUCCGGAACUGGAUUACUAAAACGCUUGCGCUAUGUUUAACCUACGAUGACUCAUCGUCUCCCACCGUAUUAUCGUAAAAACAACCUUCAACACAUGUUCGCAAGUCGCAACACGCGAUCACGUAAUAUUAACGGCGAGCGCUGUACUCUGUAGCCUGUAACUUAUAUACUCCUGCGUUAGUGCAAGCGAUAAUGGGUAACGUAUGCUGCUGUAAGUAAACCGUAAAACCGGAUUGUUUUUGGUUUGCUUGACUGCAAAAUUCGUUUGCAUGCUGGUAUGGAGUGCAAUCAGGUAGAAAGGAGCACCGACGUGAUCCCUGUUGAACUAUUACAGAAUCCAGCCGGCCAUGGUGCUCAGGCUAUUGUGUACAGAGCGCGUAGAACCGAUACUGACGAAGUGAUCGCCAUAAAAAUACCAUUCCUGGAUGACAAUGCGGAUAUGAGAGCGCAAGAGAUUUGGGAGCUGACGCAACGUCUCGAGCCAUUUCUGCACCUGAAACACGUGAACGUUGUACGGCAUUUGCAUCACCAAACGGUAAUUACGAGGCAGCUGCCCGAGCAAAGAAACGGAGAACAAACGUCCAUGCCACAAUACCAAAUCUUAAUGGAAUAUUGCUCAGGUGGAACGUUGCAUUCGUAUGCCCGCGACAAUAUCAUGUCCGCAUCAUUAAUACAAAAGUGGACACAGCAGCUGGUCAGCGGAUUGACCUAUCUCCACAAGCAGCAAUGCGUCCAUCGCGACAUCAAGAGCGAGAACAUUUUCCUCUCCACACCGGACGCUCACAACUGUGAUCUGAAGAUCGGUGAUCUGGGUAACGUGAAGCGUAUCGUGGCGCAGUUUACCGACAGCAGUGAGAUCUCUUGUGAAAAAGGCACGUACGAGUUCAUGUCGCCGGAGAUGAUCACCGGUAACCCGGCUCUGGUUGGACGGCGGACCGAUGUAUGGAGUUUAGGCUGUGUGGUGAUUCAGAUGAUCACGGGGCAUGCGCCGUACUUUUACAAAGUCCUUCCUCAGGGGAAAGAAGUGCAGCUUACAAGCGGAACAGCAAUCAUGUAUUUCGUGGGGAAAUUAGGAGGGAUGCCGCGUAUUCCGAAUGGUUUGCCGGAACCGAUGCGUAGAUUCGUUGAGCGCUGUUUGAUACGAAGUGUCCGGGAGCGCCCGUAUGCACCAGAUUUACAAGGCGAUGCGUUUUUAUUGGAAAGGGAGGCUGACCAGUGGACGAUGCCACAAAGAAACAAUGCACAAAGAAAUUGAUCUGCACACUGCUUUAUUUUUUAUGAUUUGUACGCUGCAGUUUGACAGCUACGAGUAGGUUAACGAGCGAAUGAAACACAUUAUCUACUUGUCGUCUGUGAUGAUGAUGUGUUGAUCGAGCUGUAUUCUUGUACCGCAAAUGAAAAAAUUGCGCUAACUGGUGACGUAAUACCCAUACACACAGUCACAGGUGAAGUACUGGCGAUUUUUGGCAACGUUCGUAUCGC